AUGGCGGAACCUAAGCUUAUUCCGACCUCUGAGAAACUGAUCCUCAUUGGGAUGUUGAGAGGGCCUGGGUCGGGGAAGAGCUCGCAGUGUCGGUUGCUGGCGCAGACGUUCAAGGUUGAACAUGUUUGUGUUGGGGAGCUGUUGCGAGCGGAGAUGAAUCGCGAAGGGAGCCCUCAUGCUGCUACUAUUAGGGGCAACAUGAUGAAGGGUACUAUCGGACCCAAGGAACUUACCGUUGGGCUUCUGAAGUCGCAUAUUCGUCAACGUUUCGAGCAGGGGAUGCGGGCUUUUAUCAUCGACGGUAAGUGCACCCCCUCCAACCUACUCUAUCCUACUACAGCUUUGCGGUCAGGAUUCCCUAGAAACGUUCUUCAGCUGCAACACUUUGAAAUUGAAGUCGGGGUCUUGCAGUGGCUCCUUUAUCUCGACUGCCCUGAAGAGACUUUGACGCAGCGACUGCUGCCUCGGGGUCGGUUCGAUGACCACACUGAGACGAUUCAAGGGAGGCUAAGGACCUUCAACAUGAGCACGUCAGAGGUUAUCGAGUACUUUCGAGGACAAGGCAAGUUGAAGGUCUUAAACGGAGAGCAGACGAUGGCGACGGUUCACGAACAAUUGAAGGGGGUUAUCUCAGAGGUGGCAGAGCUGCGGCAAACGCCGGAACUUGUUCAAGGAGAACUCUGA